AUGAUGGUACAAUGGCGUGACGUCAUUUGCGAUUACGACUUCAUUGUUGCUCAUUUGCCUGGAGUAUUGAACGUGCUGCCUAACUCUUUAUCGCUCUUAUUCCCACCGGAAGAAGAGCUGGAGGGGGUUAUAUUGGCACCACGUCUUCAAAAAACAAAGACUCAGCCACAAGCCUUCCACAUGACUCUUUGCAUGGAUCAUCUACACCUGUUGCUAGGUUACACCGCCACUAUGAUCCGGCUGAUAUGA